AUGGCAGCCCAGGUGAAGACGCUUUCCUUCUUAGCCUAUGUCAUUAAGAUAUAUCAGCAAAUGAGUCAGAGAUUGAUUUUCAACCUUGCUGAGUGUAUUCGUCAACGAAUGACGGAAUCAACCCCCUCUGAUGCAGCAAAGCAGCCCAUGAAUGCUGCAAGUGCUCGGCGCGUUUUACUUCAAAUAAUGUCCCUUUGUGUACUCAAAUGCCGAAUCGUUGCUGAACAUUAUAUCCCUGAGUUUGAGGCAAAGUGUUUAAGGGAGGACCUUGAAAGCUCUCCUGAAAAUAAAGCAUCAACAUAUGAGGGAGAAGCCGAGAAUGUCUCUGCGAGUUCGGGUGGUAAGCAAGACACAUCCUUGUACUCUGAGACGUCCACACAAGGCUAUCUGGGUAUCAACGACAUGAGGUCUUCAAUAAAGGCGUUGGUCUCGGGCAUGCGGGCUGUUAUCACGGCUUUGACUCAAUGCCCACAUCAGAGUGGGCCCGAGGAUGACACAUACCUCGUAGGUGGACCACAAGCUUCCUCUUCGCCAUCGCCCAAACAGCUUCUGCCUACUGAGGUGGCCGUUCUGUCUGACUACCUUACCUAUGGUCUUCGAAUGCUUGAUGUGCUGAGGAUUGUCUCGAAGGAUGGCCAUUUUUACCUUCGUGGUCCCAACUCUGGUGCAAAGUAUCCGGAGGAGCGUUUCCUUCUGGAAACUUUAGCGAUGACCUUUGUACCUAUCAGUUCUUCAUCGUUUCGGGAGAUAUUUUCAGCUAAGAUCGGCUACGUCGUUGACUGGUGUCGCAAAAGUCCUCUUUUCUAUGCGCACUUCGCCUUUCACCUCCUCUCCCAGUCAAGCCAGACGUCCAACUUCGGUCGUAUUCUGCUCUCCUACCUCGUUGAACGACUUGAAAAAAUUGGUGAGGGCACUGACGUAUCCUUUACCUACAUGCGUCUUCUGAAGUUCUGUUUUAACUCAGUCAACAUGACUGGCACUGAAAAUGAGCAUGUUAUGAAGUUGCAUCUUCGAAGGAUAGUGCAGGGGAGUAUGCAGCACUGUCUGGAAGCUCGAGAGCCAAUAGCAUAUCUGACGCUGCUGCGUGCUCUCUUUCGAUCCAUCGGUGGGGGCGCACACGAUAAGCUUUAUCGUGAGUUUUUUCCCCUCCUGCCCGAGAUGCUGACCACGCUAAACCGACUUUUGCGCUCUGCUCAUCGUACCCAUGCUCGCGACCUACUGGGCGAACUUUGCGUCAUUGUGCCGGUUCGCCUCUCCACCCUCUUACCCUACCUUUCGCUCCUUAUGGAACCGCUUACUUAUGUUCUAAAUUGCAAUACCGUCAAUCAGGGUCUCCGUACACUGGAGCUCUGCGUCGACAACAUGCAGCCCGAUUUUCUCUAUCAACAUCUCUACCAAGUUCGCGGUGACAUGCUGCUUGGCCUUUACACCUCUCUACAUUCCCAAAGUGAAUACGUUCAAAAGAUGGCUUUUAAAGUCCUCGGAAAAAUGGGUCGCUUUAACAGAGCCGAUAUAUCAGAUGUCCAGCGUCUCAACUUGAAUGUGAAUUGUGGAGAAAGUGGUCCACUUCUUCGAUUUUGGCUCCACGAAUUUCCCCAGUACCCCGUUGAUCUCCCUAUUCGCAGUUUAGUCGAUUUCGCUGUGGAAACUAUUCAGGAGCCUGCUGUCGAUUAUUUGUGCAGACUUCGUGCAUGGCAAUUCUUAAGAGGUGUCUGCAUAUCGUCUCUCAACGUACAUAUUUGUUCUAAGACCCCUACUGGGUACCUAUCCUAUGACUUUGUUGAUAAACUUCCACCCUAUCCUCUUAAACGACUUCGCAGCGUCAUUCAACAACUGGACUCGAGCCAACCAUUCUUCUAUAACGACAAACCUAAUAUUUAUCACCUUGUGAUGGUGCGGGUUGUCGGUGGAAUCUUCUUGUCCGCGUCAGUGGCACCUCAAAUACCAAACUGUGGGACUUUUCUAACUUUCCUCGUUCGCCAUUUGACACUCAUCAGUCUCCUUGAAGAAAGAAACAUUAACUCUCCAUUUGCAACCUCCGACGCUGCACUUACGCUCGAUUCGAGGGUUUUGGUUGAAGCCGUCUGCUUUGUGAUGGGUCAUGAGGACAAGGAGUUGGUGCGGAGUGGAUAUGUUCUCUUGGACGAGAUCAUUAACACCGCCACCACUGCGAUUGAAGUCGCCCUGGCUGAUGACCCCCUUCAGACUAGCGUAUGUGAUGUGCUUGCACGUCUUCCGCUGAUGCACUACUUUGCAAAGGCCAUCAAGGACAUGCUCUUCCAUCCUGCUUGGUUCGUCAAAUCGGGUGGAUGUUGCAUUUUACUGCAUCUUCGAGAUCGCUUGUCAGUAAAUUGGUUCAGAGAGCAUUUGGUUGUUUUCCUCCGCGGUCUACUACAUUGCCUUCACGAUCUGACCAACCAAAUGGGUCAAGGUGCUCUCGCCCUUGCCCAGCAGUGUUCUACCGCUUUGGUGCAGUUUGUUUUCUCCCAUGAGACAUCUUCUCCCCCAGCUGGAUCAACACCGCCACUGUCAACUACAAUCAAAGCAGAGUCACCCGUUCAGAGCCGAGAACACAGCAAACGAACAGUGGCUGCCCGUAGAAGGCCCGUGGCCGCGAGUAAGCGUGGUGGUGUCACGAAAAAAAGGUCGGCAACACCGAGAAAGGAUGCGGAUUCACCGGUGCACGAUUUAACAGAGGAUGUGGAAAUGUUUGAUGCUACUAAUCCAAUGGCUUCAUUAUCGUCUGAAGUUGCUUCACAAACGCCACUCAUGAAUGCUAUUCUUCAUGAACUUGUGCAGGCAAUGCUGAGUGAGACUAAGGUUGUUCGAGCUCAAGUACGCUCUCUUCUAUCGAAUAUUGCUGAAUGCCUAUCCAUACCCCUUGGUGGUUUACUGAAACCACAUAUCCACCUCAUAGGCUGUUGGUUGCCACCUAAGAAUAGGUUCCAUCGACUUUCUAAUCUGCCGACAUCCACACAAAUCGCCGUCCUGGAAGCAAACUACUUUCUCUGUCGAGAUGCACCUCUGGGUGCUGGAUUGCUGCAAUACUGCCCAAUGAAUCGUCGCUGCGACAAUCGUUUCCUUGUGGAUCUUCGCGCCAUCAUGGACUCGCCCCUGCCCGCCUCCCCGAUGUCUUCAAGCUACCCAACAGGUGGUAGAACUCCCCCAUCCCAGGUGCCCAUUUUUUCAUCGCUACAAUUGCAGAUGGCAAUUGAUCUGAAGGUUGUGGCCUCCCAGGUUCUUUCCACGAUGCAUUACCUGGAAUCGCAUAAGUCGGUUAUUCUCGCGGCACUAUUCAAAGGCAUGUGUUCGGAUUGUGCCUCUGUCUACAAACCCGUAUUUGAGUAUACUAAGGACUACGUGAAACGCACAACUAUCGAUACGGAGCUGCGUCACACCUACGUGAAACCCAUUCUGCCAAGCCUCCGUCAGACGUCCAACAUUCGUCUGGCAACCGUACGUCAGUUGGCAUACUGUGCUGAGCUCUUCCCUAGCACUUUCAGUGAACGCUUCUGUGAAACAAUUCAAGGGAUUCAGAACAGUCUGGCAAGCAUAAACAACGUGGAUACACUUUCCAAAUCCGUUGAGUUGAUAGCAGCGCUGGUCAAUUUGUUUCCUCUGAUCCCGUUGGCUGGCGAAAAGUACGUAAAACCCCUGUUGAAUCUGGUGAUUCAAGUGGAACAAUCACUUAAUGCAGAACAAACUAGUUCUCUGCGUCUGCCGCUACUCCGGUUUCUUGUGCGUUUUCCUGAGGAGACUUUCCGUCAAAUUUUUAACGGGUUCUCUCGCCCCCAUGACGGUCAUGCACAUCGAAUCCUCCUGUCUGAUAAGGCCUUUGAUCCAUUCCUUCCUUCGUUACAGCAUCUAAUGACACUACCUGAGAGCAAGCCGUUAGCAGACUAUUUGGUGGCCAACAUUUCGCUACUAACAGACCUUUUGCAACCGAAGGAGAAGGAACUAGAAACCAUGUAUGAACAUACUCCUCUUCGUUUGCCACGAACGGAUGGACCAUUGGCCCAGGCAUCAACCUCGUACCUGGCUCUGCGCCUUCUUCACGUCUUGCUUAAGCAGCGUCCCAAUUGGCUUAAAUUGACUCUCUCCUCCUCUAUUGGAGAAAGUCUACUGACCUCUGGGCACUCAUCAGUGACUCGAGUCCUCUUCAACUUAUGGGGCUCAGCUGAUUUCAAGAAGCGCCAUUCCUGUCUUACACUUGUUCAACUGCAACAAACCCAGCCCAAUGUGGACCUCGACCUUCUGUUAGAAGAUCCUGGAGAUGGUGGAAGAAAAAUUAUCGCCGCUAAUACCUCACUACCCUCCACCUGCUCCCCCACAGAACCCACAGAGGCUCAAUCUCUCUCCGGAGUCAAGGUCGCCGCUGGACUGACAGAUUUCUUCUACUCCGAUGAGCCCCUUUUGUUACUUGAUUUCAUGCUUGCCUAUGCAGAAGCUCGUCCGAGUGACUUUGAUCUUCUUUUUUAUAUCGUUGCGGGAAUGUCCCGCCACCGGUGUGUGGGCUACAAUCCUCUCCCACAAUACAUACAGCGUCUUAUUCGAGACUCCUCGGUGGCCUGGAGUCGUGCAAUAUGCCUUCACUUUAUCCAGCUAGUGAAAAAGCGCAUGGAGGUCAGAAUAGUAACCACCAUCAGUAGUUCUACUAAGGCGGGAAGCAAAAAGAAACAGUCGCUGACAGAUAGCCUGCUGGCUGAUUCAGAUGCGACAAUGUCUGUGGAGCAGUACCUUGGCACACCUGAGGCACAGUUCAAGUUGAUUUCACAGCUCAUUCUGCCCUGUUUACAGCAGGCCUUAGAAAGAAAUCCGGCGGAGCUGGUGGCAUUGGGCCAGCCACCUAGACCUAACGAACCUAAUGACAGCGAUCUAGUGCACCUCUUUGUGAACCUGCUUUUGAACGACGAGGCCAGUAAAACAUGUACGGGUCUGCGAAUCAUGUACUGUCAAAUCGCCUGCCACUUUGUCUUCUACGCUCCCGAAUAUGUCCAAGACAUUUCAACCAAAGUCCAGAGUUACCGCCUGCGCGCCAUCGCGGGUUUCGUGUGGCCCUGUGUCACCAGCAAUUUAAAUGUGGUUGAUCUACAAGAGAAGUAUACGGGUCUGCAGGUUCUGGCCUAUCUUAUCGCGCGCUUCUAUCCAAUAAUGGGUAAGGCGACGCCGCAAGUCUUUCUCUGUCUCGCCAAAGGUCCUCAAACUGAGGUGAAGAAGAUGGUCAAUCCCUCUCUUGAUCUUCUGCUACCUGCCUGGGUUACGGGGCCUGAGGAACAGAAAGCACUUGCCGCCGCAACGAAAAAAAUUAUGGCUGAAGAUCAAAGCACGCAAAUGAGCAUUCAUUUAUUGGGUUUGAUAUUGAGACAUGCUGACCUUUACUACUCCGUCCGGCACGCUCUUCUCGGCUCACUCAUCGUCGUUAUUUCUCGCUUGUCGGCGCAGCAGAUUCCGAUCGAUCAGCGACGGAUGAUUUUGGAUCUCAUCGAGGUGACGGUGCGAUGGGACAUGAGGUGCAAAUCUGAGCGUGCAGCUCUUGAACAACAAGAUCAACAACCACAACAACAAAAUCCGAAUACAUCUUCUCCUGCGGCCUCUGCAUCUGCUGUUGCUGUUGUUGACCCUGCAUCCCCAUCUUUGCCGGUGGACAAACUGGAACUUAUGCCCAUGGAAAAGAGUCACCGGGACCAAUUAGCCAAUCUCAUGAUUCGUUUCGCGUGCCAGGCAAUGGAAGCUACUCCAAAUGGUAUCUCUUCAGAAACCUCUGCAAGAAGAGCUUUGAGUCUAAUUGAAUAUACCAUGGCUUCAGAGGUCUGGGGUGGUGAGAAUUGUGACCUUCGGUUGAACUUUAUUGAUCGAUUUCUCUGUCUUGAGGAUCCCUCUACUUGCCAAUCAGGUGCUGCCCAACAGCAGUCGCAACAACAACAGCAAAAUAUGAAUUCUUUGCUUUCUUCUUGCAUUUUUAUGACUCUUGAGGUGCUACGCGUUCUCUAUAACACUCUGGUAAGCCUUCUGUCUGUUAACCUCCUGUGGGAUGAUAGCUCGACGCUGUUGACCAAUGUUAAACACUUCAGUAAAUCAUUGAUAAGCCUACUCUCGCGUUACCCAACGACAUACCGACUGAUGCGAGCAUGUGCAACCCUCAUCAAGGUGUUACUCAUUAAAUUCCCCGCUGAAUCCUCCAAUCGACAGAAAAUUACGAGUUUUCCGGAACUUUAUGAGCUCUACGAUAUCGUUCUCAAGUUCAUACAGGAGUCAUUCACCUUGUAUGCGGAGGGAUCGAGUAGAGCAGCCGUUUUGCCACGGCUUCAGUCGGCAUUUUGCCUACUUACGACGACUCAACAGGCUUCAGUAAAUUCCUACGCCUUUGUGGAUCGGUGUCUCACGCAACUAAUGAAAAUGUUUCAUCGAAUGGUUCACGAUGUAAUAAAUUCCCCUGUCAAUAAUUCACCUCAAGACUCUGCAACUCUGAGUCGUAAGUCUGUUAUUGAAAUAACGGAACUCUUAAUCCAAACUCUGGAUAUAUUUAAAUCACGCUUGAAUGUGAUGAACACGGAAACGCGAAAGAAUGCUUUCGGACCAGACUUCCUCUACAUCCUGGAACGCGCAAGGGACGCCAAGCUCUUCCGCGCGGUGGUGCGCAUACUCCGUGACUGGGUGAACGUACCCAAGGCCGAGGAACACUUCGCGCCAACCCCCCGCGAGAAGGUCGCCUUCUUCGUGCGCCUCUGGGCUGCCUACCCGCGCUGGUCGGAGCACUCAGAGGUGGCUCGUGACAUCCUUGACUGCAUUUAUCAGGUUUUCUCAAACGUCUCUCCAAAGACUCAUGAGAUAUUCAUGAAAAUGGAGCAGGCCUUCUGCUGUGGUCUCCUCAGUCCCCUUCCAGACAUCCGUGAAAAGUAUGUCAAUCUUUUCUUGCUCGGCUCUGACCUCACUUCUGUCCCCACUUUCCUUGAUAAUGAAAACGAGAUGUCUCCCAACAUUGCUGCGGCAACGCCAGCCAAAAGCAGCCUUUUGAUCCGUCUUCUCUUCCUCUUCAUGUCAAAUUCAUGGGAUGAGCUCCACUACAAGGAUGGAUUUUGGCUGCCUGUCUUCUUUGAUGUCCUUCUUUGCGAUACCGACUUCAGUCGCUCAUCAGUGAUUGUACAGUCAGAAGCUCGAUUUCCCUCCCUACUGGAGAAAAGUGAAAUCGAAUCAAAUCUUACACCACAGGCACCUGUCAAUAAAGAUUUGCUAGACACCACUGACGUUAAGAUUUUUGAAGUGAAGAUGGAAGAUGAACCGACGAGGUCAACUGUGCGUGGCUCAAUUUCCGUUUUUGAGUGCUUGAUGAACCAACAGGCAACUGUUUUUAACGACAUCAAAACAAUUUCUUUUCGGGAAACUUUGCGUGGUUUUCUCAAUCUGGUGCAUCACCGCCCCGCUAUUGCGAGCGAGUUGUUCGGCGAGCUGUGGCACUGUCUUUGGCAUCGUUUCCUUCUUCGUGAAUCUGGGCUCCAUUUUAUCAGUCCUUUGAGCUCCUGCCACCCCGAGGUGUCACAGCUGUCGGACAGUCUUGUGGAUGCGUCGCUCGUUCCGCCUGCUUCUACUGCUGGUGCCGGUGUCGAUUCAGUGUCCCCUAGCGAACUACGCCUCUUUCUCCUCCCCCAUAUAACACGAUUCCUCUCAUCUGAUGAUCAUGUUAACACGGCUGACAUGAUACCAAGUUCGAUAGGCAACAUCUUAACAAGUUUUGCCACUACGGCGGACUCUCUCCUCAUUGGAUUGCCCCUUCCUCUUCUGUCAUACGUGGGCUGCACGCACAAUCAGUGGUACAACGUGGCCCUCUUCUUUGAAUCGUUGUGUGCACGGGCACAACGAACCAGGAUUUGCAAUGGCUAUAACUCCCUAGUGGACAAUGAUUUCACUUACACACUGACAUCCGAAGGGAAUGGAAGUAGUGGGGUUUCAGAAAAACUGGAGGAUAUCCCUCUGGGUGCAGGAUCACUUUCUCUCCUCGCUCUCUACGACCUGAUGGCGGAGGACGAUUACCUCGUUUCCGCCUGGUGGCAUCGUCUCAACUCUCCCUGUGGCGGCUCCCAGCGUCUAAAGGGCCUCAUUCGUGGUCAAACUUUUCGGUUUCCGCUGGAGCGCUCCUCCGAUCUCCUGGCUGCGGUGACGGCUUUUUCCCAGGGGCAUUUGUUGCGGGGUUUGGAGAUAACGAUGAAUAUAUUGGGCAAUCGAUCCCCUGGUGGUGAUUCCUCAUCCCUUCCGACCAUCAAUUCGUCCAGUCUGCUGCAAAUCAGCGAGCAAAUAAAUAAAAGUCGCCUAUAUGAAUAUGGUCUCAGAGCCCUAAAACAAAUGGGCCAAUGGGAGAACCUGGACUCAUUGGCAUCUCUAAUGGCUCCAUCGAGCACCAAUUCGGGUGGGUCUACGGGCGGAGGUGAAAUACUUGGCGGCUCCUCGAUGUUAGGCAGCGUUCGUGUUGAAUUCGCCUGGCGCCAUCGUGAUUGGUCAGAGGUUUUUUCUGCACUUUCGGGGUUGGCAAAUGAGGUGCCGUCGCACGAGCAGUGGCGAUUAGCCUUAAUCAGCGCCUCAGGCUGCGUCACGGGUCGACGUGCAGUCAACGUUCCGGGCGAGCUUGACUCCUACACCGUCAGUGGUAGCGGUGGCGUCGGCAGCAGUGGCAGUAGCGGAGGUGCUAACGGAGCCACUGUUACUCAAGCUACCUCAGCCAAUAGUGCAUCGAACACCUCGAGUGCCAAUACUAGCAUCGAUACUGCGGGUCUCUUUUCCACAAGCCUUUUGCAGGUCAUUGAUUCCGAGAAUCUGCAUGUGAUGAAUAGCAUCUUGCGUGAGUGGCGACGGCUCCCGCUCAUCGUCACAAAUCAGCACGUCAGGCUCUUACAGGCCUGUCAGCAGGCAUCGGAGAUUUAUGAUGGCAACCUCCUUCUCCUCCAACACACUGUGCCGCCUCUGGCUGCGGGUACAAAUUCUGCACCUACACCAGGUGUAUCCCCUAGUAGACUAAAUAUCUCGCAGUCCUUGUACGAUUAUAAAACCGUCUUCCGGUCAUGGCAAGCCCGUCUACCCCUUGUCAGUGAUGAUCUGUCCUUUUGGAGCGAUCUUCUCACUUGGCGCCAGAUUGUUCUUGAGAGGAUUAUCAAUACUGGCACCUGCUCGCAUAAGUUCACUCAAGAACGGAACAAUCUUCUUGCCGCUUGCCAUCGUGAGCGAGCACUGACACUGGUUCAAAUGGCCAAGGGUUACCGAAAAUUUGGACUCCCUGGUAUUGCUCAGCAAAGUCUUGAUUCCUACACUCACAGCAAAAUGCCUCCAUUGUUCGAGAAGACCAAACAGGAAAUCAAGCUGAAAAUUGCAGAUCUUCGUAAGGAAGAACUACUUGAGGGUCUAGAGCUGAUGGAAAAAACCAACAUUCAACAAUAUGAGAAAAGGGAAAAGGCUAGGUUCUUCUGCUACAAGGCGGUGUUCUUCUCACAUUUUAACAAAGGAGAUGAGGCUACAAAGAAUUUUGGCUACGCCACACAGAUGCAGGACAAUUUACACAAAGUCUGGUCAGUGUUUGGCGAUUUUCUGGAAAACGUCUAUUCCGGUAAUCGAACGGCAAAACGUGAGACAAGCGUAUCGACAACCGGAAUUUUUGCCAUGCAGGCGUUGAUGGAAGCAGCCACAGUGGCCGGAACCGCCCAACACCAAUCUCAUGCCGAUCUGGCCAGGUGCCUUUGGCUCCUUACCCUUGAUGACGCUGGGGACUCCUUUAAUAGCUUAAUUGGAGCCAAUGUCACUGCUACUACUUCAAAUACAUCUCCUUCACCCACUACUUCGGCCUCUAGCACUACCGUCACGGUCUCCGGCUCCCAAUCCCAGCGCCUCGCUCGCACCUUUGAGGAACGCGCUUCCCGUGUCCAUCCUGACGCCUUUCUGCCCUGGUUACCCAGCCUCUCUGUCUGUCUCCUUCGUCCUGAAGGUCGUUAUGUCGCCAGUGCAUUGCGUGGUAUCGCUCUGGCCUAUCCAACCGCUCUAGCCUCCGUUCUGCGUGGUCUUCAGCACCAACUUACCAUCGAGAUGGACCGCGAUCGUCGCAUCGCCGCUGCACUAACCGAUCUCAGUCCUGACCAACGGCGUCGAUUAGAUGAGGCCUACUCUCACUGUGUCGACCUCGCACGAGAGGAUGCUCGAAGGCGGGCUGUUUCGUCGGCUACAGCGGGCUCAACGGAGCAUUCACAACAACAACAGCAGCAUCAGGGCUCAGUGAGCAUGGGGGGGAGUGCAAAGCGAACGAAGAAACGCGUGGUCGUAGUGAUGCGUGGUGCUGAGGGUGAAAGGCUAAGCGAAGCAACGAGUUCGCAGUCCUCCACUGAGGGUGUGAGGGAGAGUGGAUCUGGAGAGGUUCAAGAUAUGGAUGUGGAUGAAGAUGAUCAGGACUCGGCGGUCCCUGCUGUGCCUGAGGAUUCACCCGGAACCGAGUUUGAGGACGCGGGUGGUGUGCGAACAGGCUACCUAUCACCCUCAGUGGGUGAGGGGUUACAUCGAGUCAACUUACUAUUUACCCAGUUGCGUCAGCGGCAUCCUGCUCGAUUGUACGUGUCUGAUCAGUUUGUGGAGUGUACUGCGGGUCGUCUAUUGCCAAGCUGGUCGGAAAAUCUCCUCCACCAUUUGCGCAAAGUUCUGGACCAGUUGCACCAAAUCGCUUGGGCACAAGUGUCUCGUGCUGUUCGUCGUCCAUCGGCUUCACUCGGUCCAUUUCAGGCAUCUGUUCAUGGGCUCUCAUCAUCCCCAUUGCCACCUUGGAUGACAAAGGAAUUACUUGAUAUUGUAGCCUGUUGUGGAUUACCACCACCCAUUACUGCCACCAUGGAUGACCUUCUAGCAGAAGAUGCGGAAAAUCGUUCAGGUUCCACUCUUGUAUUUGCAGAUAACAUCCAGCUAGCUUACACACUUUUGGCGAAUGAAGCUGAAGCUGACCCUUGGUUUAAGCCCACCAAAGAAGCACUAAUGCUGGCUAUGAGUAACAUUGGGUCAAAGACAUUAUUGGAGACAAUUGGUCUUCUUUCAAAAGAAUUGAUUCCUCUCGUUGAGCGUCGAGUUUGUAACCUUCCACACACCUCUUAUCUCUCUGACCGUGGCGCAGGUUAUCUAAUUGAGCUCAUUUCUUCACUUAAUGUCCAAUCAAUUCUGAGUCCCUUUCCUCGGUGCGUCCAGAACUCUGCAACCGUGGCCGCGGCCGUUGUGACGACCUGUUCCACAGCCACCCUCCUAGAACUUCCUGGCGAGGCAGUUCGCUUGAAGUUCAUCCCCGCUUUGCAACAGCAAACCCCCUACCAGGGAGCUUCGAGCAACCCCAAUCCUAUCGUCGCCGCCACUAUUGCCAAUAACGUGGCUGCCGAAGGUCAUCAGCCCUGUCUGCUCUACCUGGCCGACAUUCUGCCCACGGUGGUGCGUGUGCCUUCGGGAGGGGGCAGGCGGCUGGCACUGAGAGCAAACAAUGGUCGUGUCUUCCACUACGAUGUGCCUUGUCUACCCAGGGAGGCGCCGGCAGGCCGGGGCGUCUCCGUGUUUGCCGCUGAUGCCACCGAGGCAAGCAGUCUAGCACCCACUCUAUCGGCCUACGAAGGGUGGCGGGAGACGUGGUGUCCACCGCACCUCUUCCAGGUUCUCAAUGCUAUCGCUUCGAGGUUUCCGGAGACGGCAAAACGGCGGAUCACUCUUGUCACGCCUCGGACUUUGGACUUGGGUCCUCAUGGGAUGCGGCUGACGCAAGCAGGUACCUCCAUCCCUGCUACCUGUGUUGUGACAGCCAAUGCCGUUGCUUUUGGAAACCCUACAAUGACCGGUUUUGGUUCCCUCUUGGCCCAACAGCUCCACACACCCAGCAGCGGGACUGUGUCACAGCCCACCUCCACCACCUCUCUCAUUGCAGCCGUGCCCUUGGCGGCCGCCAGUUCUCUCCUGCCAUCCACAAAAACCGAUGCUACCCGCUUUCCACGUUCCGACGCCUUUACACACUUGCAUGGACCAGAAAAGCAACAGCCCCUACACCAAGUCUUCACGACUCUUAAUGCGAAUUCCUCUGGCUACGCUGGAAGUCACGGGGCCGCCCUAGAAGUGGCAGGACACCCCACCAGUCUGGAUUCUGGUUGCUACGCCGCCUGUAUGACGUUGGCGAACAUUGUUGAUUCUGCAGUGCACGAUACCCCAUUGAGCACGCGUUCGCUUACCUCGAAAGCACUUGUUACCACCUUCUUUGAUCGCCUUGGUACUCUUGCCACUGCUGACUUGAAAUCCACCAAUUUGAAAGCCACGUUGUUGAAGAUUUUUGAAGAACUGCUGCAGCUCGUGCCCCGGGGAGCCUCCUUGAAAUCACCGGCACACCUCGGCCUUGGUGUCCUCAGUGACGAGUACUACGCCUCUAAUAGCGUAGUGAGGAUGUGGGCUUUUCGCCGGAUGGCAGACGCAGAGAGCUACUGGCUCUUUAGGCACGGAGUAGCCAUGUCCUCCGGUGCCAUGGCUCUCAUGGAAACCCUCUUCCCCAUGACUCCGCUGAGUGCGACUGGGCUGGUUCUAGAUCCUCGUGUGGGACGCACAGAGACCCGGGGUCUUCGGUUUGAUCUUCCUCCCACGCCCAACGCUAUAAACAUUCCUUUGCAGCAGCAGAAGGAGCUCCGUCCAGUGGAUCUGGUGGCGAAAUCGUCUACCGCUCUGGCAAACAUUUUCAGCUCGAAUUUCGCUCCCCUCAGGCCGCAUGUGCCUCUAUCAUCUGGGCGGGCGGCAGUUGUUCAACCGAUUUCUUUUCCACUUCGUCCAGCAACCCUGCGUCUAACACCCCAGCUGGCCGGUCUGAUCUGCCUGCCAGGUGUUCCGGCUGCUAUUGGUCCAUUUGCCGCGGCCAUGGCGACGUUGAACCAGGCCGUGAGUCAGAAACGCGCAGUUGUGGUGGCGUGUCUGAGAGCCCUCCUGCGAGAUGAUUUUAUCCUCUGGCACCGGGGUAGGCAGGCAGCGGUGCAUGCAAGCCUUCUGGCCGAUCUGAUGGCCAUUGAAAAUGAUGAAACCCUGAUGGCUACUGCAGGGUCACCGAUCAAUGUGCCUGAUCUGUCAAACGAUGCACUCAUACAUAUGAUAACCCUGUCGGUGGACGGAUUCAAUCAUCGGAAUAGAGUUCUUUCUUCAAGCGACAUGGCGUUGGGUGAUGUUAUAAAUGGUUCGUGUUCUCCCGAAAAUCUGGCUUGUAUGGACCCUUCAUGGCUUCCGUGGUAUUAA